AUGGAGUCAUCUUUUCCAUUUGGAGUGACUCUUGCUGUCCUGGCCUCCCUCAUUAUUGCUGCCAAUGCACUAGUGGCUGUGGCUGUGCUGUUGCUGAUCCACAAGAAUGAUGGUGUUGGUCUCUGCUUCACCUUGAAUCUGGCUGUAGCCGACACCUUGCUUGGUGUGGCCAUCUCUGGCCUAGUCACAGACCAGCUCUCCAGCCCACCUCGGCCCACACAGAAGACCCUAUGCAGCCUUCGGAUGGCAUUUGUUACUUCUUCCGCAGCUGCCUCUGUCCUCACAGUCAUGCUGAUUGCCUUUGACAGGUACCUUGCCAUCAAGCAGCCCCUCCGCUACUUCCAGAUAAUGAACGGGCUCAUGGCUGGGUCCUGCAUUGCCGGGCUGUGGUUGGUGUCUUACCUUAUUGGCUUCCUCCCACUUGGAGUCCCCAUAUUCCAGCAGACUACCUACCAGGGUCCCUGCAGCUUCUUCGCUGUGUUUCACCCACGCUUUGUGCUGACCCUCUCCUGCGUUGGCUUCUUCCCAGCCCUGCUCCUCUUUGUCUUCUUCUACUGUGAUAUGCUCAAGAUUGCCUCCAUGCACAGCCAGCAGAUCCGAAAGGUGGAACAAGCAGGAGCCAUGGCCGGAGCAUACCGGCCUCCUCGGACUCCCAGCGACUUCAAGGCUGUCCGCACUGUGGCUGUUCUCAUUGGGAGCUUCACUCUGUCCUGGACCCCAUUCCUUAUCACUGGCAUUGUGCAGGUGGCCUGCCAGAAGUGCUACCUCUACCUGGUGCUGGAACGGUACCUGUGGCUGCUCGGUGUGGGCAACUCCCUGCUCAACCCACUCAUCUAUGCCUACUGGCAGAAGGAGGUGCGGCAGCAGCUCUACCAGAUGGCCCUGGGAGUGAAGAAAGGGCUCACCUCAUUCCUUCUUCUUCUCUCAGCCAGGGAUGGUGGCCCAGAGGGGCCCAGGGAAAGUUCCUGUCCUAUCACCACUAUCUCCCACUCACAGCUUCAUGGCGAAGAUGGUGAGGGCAGAGAAGUUUCAGAGUGA